AGAGCCACAAUGACAGAACCGAAGUCUAAGAAACAGGGAUUUAAAAAGUGUCGGAGUGCCACUUUCAGCAUUGAUGGCUUCAGCUUCACGAUCAUUGCCAACGAGACAAGGGAAAACAACCGCUGUCCACUGGUGUGCUUUGCAUGCUCGCAGUCCCAGAAUGCACUAUACACUGCUGACACAGCCAGCAUUCGCAUCACUGACCACAAAGGAAUUCUAAUCGGCCCACGCAAUGCUGAGGAGAUCCUGGCUGAUGAGCUGCCAAUGCUUGAUUCACCAGACGCCAUGGAGAAGACUGCUAUCAGGUUGCGAUGUCUUGUAAAGCAAUUAGAGAGCGGGGAGGCAUCUGUGGUGAACCUGAAGAAAAACCUGGAGUAUGCCGCGUCAGUCCUUGAAAAUCUAUACGUUGAGGAAACCAGGCACCUGGUGAAUCUAGAGGAUGAGCUGAGGGACAUCCAGUCGGACUCUGUGCCGCCAGAGGUUCGUGACUGGUUGGCUUCCACUUUUACCCAGCAGAGGGGCCUGAUGUUGCGCCGCAACGAAGAUAAGCCCCACUUCCGCAGCAUUGUCCAUGCAUUGCAGGCUGGCAUCUUUGUGGAGAGGAUUUACAGACGAACCUCCAACAUGGCUGGUUUCAGUUAUCCCCGGAAUGUCAUUACUCUGCUCAAGCAUGUAGACAUGUGGUCCUUUGAUGUUUUUGCCCUGAAUGAUGCUAGUGGAGACCACGCUCUGAAAUUUGUCUUCUAUGAGCUACUCACCAGAUACAACUUGAUCAAUCGGUUCAAGGUCCCUAUUUCUGCUCUCAUAUCAUUUGUGGACUCGUUAGAGGUCGGCUACAGCAAACACAAGAACCCCUACCACAACCUCAUCCAUGCUGCUGAUGUCACACAGACUAUUCAUUACCUGCUCUUCAAGACUGGCAUGAUGCACUGGCUAACUGAGUUGGAGAUCUUUGCCAUAAUCUUUGCAGCUGCCAUCCAUGACUAUGAACAUACAGGAACCACCAAUAACUUCCAUAUUCAGACCAGGUCAGACAUAGCCAUGUUGUACAAUGACAGAGCUGUUCUGGAGAACCACCAUGUCAGUGCUGCCUAUCGCCUUCUGCAGGAUGGUGAUGAAAUUAACAUCCUCUCUAAUCUUUCCAAAGAUGACUGGAGAGAACUGCGGAAUCUGGUAGUGGAGAUGGUGCUAGCCACUGAUAUGUCUUGCCACUUCCAGCUGAUCAAAGGCAUGAAAAGCCUCUUGCUGCAGCCUGAGGCGAUUGACAAACCGAAGGCCUUAUCCCUGCUGCUGCACACUGCUGACAUCAGCCACCCUGCCAAACGCUGGGAACUUCAUCACCACUGGACUACAUCCCUGCUGGAGGAAUUCUUCAGACAGGGUGACAUAGAAGCCAAGCUGGGUCUACCUUUCUCCCCUCUCUGUGACCGCAAAUCCACAAUGGUGGCUCAGUCCCAGAUCGGAUUCAUUGACUUCAUCGUGGAGCCAACAUUCACCGUGUUGACAGAAAUGAUUGAGAAGAUUGUGACACCACUUAUUGAAGAGGAAUCUCGCUCUAGAUUGGCCAGCUUCAAGGGCUCUAGUGUCAACAGUAUUAGUGGCAGUGAUGGAAAGCAUUCCAGUGUGAAGAGCGCAGGCUCAGAUGGCAGCUGCUCUCUGACCAUAGUGGACUUCAAGAGCUUCAAAGUUACAUGGCACCAAGAGAUUCACCACAACAGGGAGUUAUGGAAAGCCCAGGGAGCUAAAGACCUGGAUAAAAAGAUCAAGAAGCAGGCAGAGGAAGCUGACCAGGAAGUGAAGGAGACAGAAGAGGCGAAAAAGUCAAGGAGAACUGUUGACAGAACCAACAUAGGACAGGAUAUGAUGAAAACAGUUGUGGAGGGACAGGAAGAGGUUGAGAACAGGACAAAGCAGGAGGUGCAACAGCCUGAAGAGGAGGAAGGAGACAAUAAUCCAGGAGGGGCUGCAGGCUCCCUGAGGGGAUCGGAACCAAUUGAUGCAGACAAAAAGAAACCCGACAGCCACACAAAGAAGCAGCAGCGACACUGUCAAAAUGACCCUCAGCCUGACAGCCCUUUCAUCCAUUACUGCAAGGGACCCAGCUACUGUGCCAGCUUCUACCAGCCGGUCAGGUCAAAGGUCAAUGAGAUAUGGCCCAUUGAUGCCAGGGGAAAAGCCAGGAGACUGCAGUGCAUCUCCCUGCGUCGCUGAAAGUGACCUUAUCGUCUAUAGUGUAACAACAGUGUGAUGUCACGUCAUAAAAUACUAUUGCAUAAUAAUCAGUCUUUGCAAUUUGCAUAUUACAGCCUGUUUUCCAGGGAAUCAUGCCGUUGUCUAACCGAUCACGCCGUUGUCUAAUCGAUUACGUCAGCUGCAUGGAUGAGUCACCCCAAACCUAAUAUUUCCCUUUUUAUGUUUCUGGAGAACCUCAUUUCUCUUUGUGUGGUGCUGUACCCUCUUUUAAAUCUCCUCUUAAACUUUUUUUUUUUUGUUUUUUUGCAAAAUUUUAUUUUCGGGUGAUUAUUAUUAUAUUCAAUCAAUAAUAUCUUUCUUAUUUUACUGU